CAUUUAGCUGUGAUUUAAACAAAAUGACAAUAUUUAAUUUGUAUAUAUUCGACAAAAUGGGCACUCUGAUGCACUACGCCGAGUGGAACCGUACCAAGAAAUCAGGCAUAACCCGAGAAGAGGAAGCGAAAUUAACGUACGGCAUGUUGUUCUCCAUCAAGUCCUUUGUAAGCAAAAUAUCCCCCCACGACCCACGAGAAGGAUUUCUUUACUACAAAACAAAUCGCUACGCGUUGCACUAUUUAGAGACGCCCUCUGGAUUAAAAUUCGUGCUAAACACAGACACCGCAGCCAUCAAUGUCAAGGAGCUACUGCAACAGCUGUACGCCAAAGUCUGGGUGGAGUAUGUGGUGCGUGAUCCACUGUGGACGCCCGGCACAGUGGUUACAUCGGAGCUGUUUCAAAGCAAACUGGACGAAUUUGUCAAGCAGUCGCCCAUUUUCGGCAUUAGAAAUAUUUAGAAAUGUAAGCCCACUGUAUAGCUAAUAGAUACGUAUAU